CAGACCUUCUGUACUCAGUUGAGGCUCGAAUUGAAUGUUGGAACAUGGCCAGUACACCGGAAUGGACUCAUUCGUUACCAACUGCACUCUUCGACGGAUUGUUACCCAAGCUCGCUAUGGUGCUUGAGCUCACCCAAAAAGCAGAAGGGACAGCAACUCCUGUAGCCAAACAAGCACUGCUACAUGCGGCGAAUGAUUUCAAAUAUGCGCUUGCUCAAGCGAAAGAUUAUGCAAGCACGCUUGCAGGAGGUGAUCUCUUAGUCGAGGAACAGGACAGUGUUGUUGCGAUGCUCGAGAUGCUGAAACAGCACAAGCAGCAGCAGUUAAUACAAUUUGCAUCGGAGGUUGGGUCUUUGUCUACUAUAGCAAUCCCCAAUCUCAGUUCAAAGAUGGAGAUUGAUUCUACCGCUUCAACCCCAUUUGCUUCUGGUGGUCAAUUCUGAUAUGGUCCUCGGAACUUUGUUGACACAAACUUUGCUUGCCUUUGGCGGGUGCAAUUUUAUGAUACUCUUGAAGGUUUCUUUGGUGUUGACAACAUAUUGGUGCAGCUUGUACACAUGAAUGACGGGCGUAGUGUUUUUCUUUAGAGCCUGUUCAGCAACUGACAUUCACACAUGUUUGAAAGGAAUGAACAAAAUGUGAUGAGAAUGGCA